AUUUUUGGUUGUGUCAUUUGCUGCUUGCGAGCAGUGAGAAGUCAAGGAAGGGGGAAAGAAAAAGAUCGGACAGAAAUUUUUCUCCUUCGCGGUGAUAAUGUUUUUGCGAUUAAUUACGCCCAAGAAAAUGGAUUAAUUUACGGGUGCGCAAGUGUGUUUGUGCGGUUGGUGCGCGGAAAAGUGUGUCUUCGGAGCCAAGCGUGUGUGUGUGUGCGCGGGUUGCCUUCUCAUCCGGAGAGAGGUUUGAUAAGCAGGCACACGGGCUGUGUGUGUGGGACAGGAAGGGGCGCAACCAUCAGUACAAUAAAAUCAGCCACUUUAUCCGGCGGUUUCUGUCUCGUACGACGGAAGCGCGUUGGUUGAUUGCGUAAAGAAGUGAGAGAGAGCGAGCGAGAGAGCGAAAGAGAAUUUAGGAUAGAUUCCAUCGCCUGGCCGAGUGCAUUGCAUUUGGGACCAACAAUAUACUGAUAGCGCGGCACCGACCGACGGCAGCAGGCACCCAUCAUGAUCGGUGGAUUGUUCGUGUACAACCAUAAGGGAGAGGUACUGAUCUCCCGCGUGUACCGCGAUGACAUUGGCCGGAAUGCGGUGGACGCGUUCCGCGUGAAUGUGAUCCACGCCCGGCAGCAGGUCCGGUCGCCGGUAACGAACAUCGCCCGUACGAGCUUUUUCCAUAUCAAGCGGGCAAAUAUCUGGCUGGCGGCCGUAACGAAGCAGAAUGUGAACGCCGCCAUGGUGUUUGAGUUUCUGCUGAAGAUAAUCGACGUGAUGCAGUCGUACUUUGGCAAGAUUUCGGAGGAAAACAUCAAGAACAACUUCGUGCUGAUCUACGAGCUGUUGGAUGAAAUUCUGGACUUUGGCUAUCCGCAAAACUCGGACACGGGCGUGCUGAAGACGUUCAUCACGCAGCAGGGCAUCAAGACGGCGACGAAGGAGGAGCAGGCCCAGAUAACGUCCCAGGUGACGGGCCAGAUCGGAUGGCGCCGGGAAGGCAUCAAGUACCGCCGGAACGAGCUGUUCCUGGACGUGCUCGAGUACGUGAAUCUGCUGAUGAGCCCGCAGGGCCAGGUGCUGUCCGCGCACGUCGCCGGCAAGGUCGUGAUGAAGUCGUACCUGUCCGGCAUGCCGGAGUGCAAGUUCGGCAUCAACGAUAAGAUCGUGAUGGAGGCGAAGGGCCGCAGCGGCAUCUCGGGCAACGCGGACAACGAGGCGUCCCGGUCGGGCAAGCCGGUGGUCGUGAUCGACGACUGCCAGUUCCACCAGUGCGUGAAGCUGAGCAAGUUCGAGACGGAGCACUCGAUCAGCUUCAUCCCGCCGGACGGCGAGUUCGAGCUGAUGCGCUACCGCACCACCAAGGACAUCUCGCUGCCAUUCCGGGUGAUCCCGCUGGUGCGGGAGGUCGGCCGGACCAAGAUGGAGGUGAAGGUGGUGCUGAAGUCGAACUUUAAGCCGUCGCUGCUCGGUCAAAAGAUUGAGGUGAAGAUACCGACGCCGCUGAACACGUCCGGCGUGCAGCUGAUCUGUCUGAAGGGCAAGGCGAAGUACAAGGCGUCCGAGAAUGCGAUCGUAUGGAAAAUUAAACGUAUGGCCGGUAUGAAGGAAACGCAACUGUCGGCCGAAAUUGAACUGCUCGAAACGGAUACCAAAAAGAAAUGGACCCGGCCACCGAUUUCGAUGAACUUUGAGGUUCCGUUCGCACCAUCCGGUUUCAAGGUUCGCUACUUAAAGGUAUUUGAGCCGAAACUGAACUACUCCGAUCAUGAUGUGAUCAAAUGGGUGCGCUACAUCGGCCGCAGUGGACUGUACGAAACGCGAUGCUAAGACACAAGCCCGCAAAGGAAUGACUCCCAAUACGCCUCAGAGAUUGUGUUGCUCUUCUUAUUAUACAAAUUUCAAGCUCACACACACAUUCUAUCCCUGUUGGAUGUGUGUUUGAAACAGAAAGUAAGCAAAAAGGUUUAUUGCGCUCUUACUUGUUUUGUUACGAUACACACACUGCUCUUUACUGCUGCCGACAAAAGGCUCCAUCUCUUUUUCCCGGUGCUUUUCCGUUUAGGCAAUUAGUAGCAAAAUGACAAAAAAGUGUGUGUUUUUUUUGUUUCGGUUAUUGUAGAGAAAUUCAUUCGAUUCGAUUUCAAGUACGUGCAAAUGUUGUGUUUAUUUUUGGCGAUACGCAAACCACGUAGAGAGCAUUUAGCAGCGGGGCGUUAUCAGUCGAAUAUACAAAACAAUAAUGCAAUCAGCAAGUACGUUCGGUCGGCCGGCCUGCUGUUGCUGCUGCGGCUGCAGCCGAACGGAAUAAAAUUUAAAGUAUGUUAUUUCACUAAAGCCGAGAGCAUAAUUGACGAGCAACUAGUAGCAAGCUAUCCGUGUUAUAAUCGAAUCCAUUGUGUAUAAGCUGCACCAUGAUGCAUGUGCGAGCCAGCGCGCGCCCGCUCGUCCAUGUGUGUGUGUGUUUGUUAGGUUCCGUAGACGAUCCUAUCGUAAACAAAAGUAUAAUAUUUAGUAUAGAAAAAGCAUACUAAAGGGCAUACCCAUUACGUUAAUCCUGCUAGCGCUUUAAGGCGGCCGUGCUUGCAUUCGGAAGCCGCGAAAGCGUGGCCAUCCAACACGUACGGUCUCGGUCUUUUCGCCUGCGAGUGACGCUGAACAAAACGCUAACGCCAAACAUUGCAACUGUUUGCCGGACGAAUCUCUUUGACUGUUUUGUGCGCUCGGGAGUGUAGCGGAGAGCCCUCUAGUAGACGUAGUACGGAUAAAUUUCCGACUCCGGCGCUAAAAAGGAUCUUUAUUGCAUAAAUGCCAUCAGUAAUCGUUGAGUAAAAGAAGCGAACCUCCCGACCCUCCCGGCUAGAACGCGAACACUGCAAAGCUUGAGUUAGAGAAGAAGGGUGGAGAUAAAGGAUUAGUUAGAAGUGGCGUUGCGUGCUGUUGUGCAUGUACAACUGAUGGCAAAACUGUUCCAUUCAGCAAGCGAACAACAAAAACGGCGGAGCACAUCCACCAACUGGAGCUGUGCCGAAUUUAUUGCUUCUGUAUAUAUGUAUGUUCCCCUAUUCCUUCCCUCCCUACCCCUCCGUCUCAUACUAACUCGUAUCGCCAUCCAUUCCAAUGCUACUUAGAGGAGCGAGGUGUAGAGAACAUACUCUCUGUUGUAGCUGGCGAAAUUCCGAACAUUUCACUACUGUAUGCUGAAUUGUAUUGAGUGACUUUUUUUGUUCUUUUAUUGUUGGCUGCAUCUGGCUACUAUUAUUACACAGAGUAUUAGAGGUACGGAAAAUUUCAAAAUGCAAAUGCGAAGCAAAAUUAACAAAAAGGGCCAGGCAUUUCUGUUGAACGGAGUGUUAUAAACGUAUGGUUUAGGACGCGAUAACUAUAGGUUCUUUUUUGUGCGGUACAGAAACAUGUAAACACGAUUCAAAACUGUAUGCGAUAAAUUAUUGAAAUCAAAGUGAAAAUUAAAAAGUCCUAAAAAUGA